GCCCUCCUCAUGAUCACAUGGAUGAGUAAAGAGGAGGGGGCGGGGCCAUAGAGUAAGUUAGUGCGGGGACUGCUGCUGCUUACUGACACUUACUGACACACAGCAGCAUGGAGCAGACAGAGCACCCACUCCCUGAGGGCUUCCCGGCCCUGAAGAAUGACACAUUCCUGCGGGCGGCUCGCGGGGAAGAGUGCCACCAUGUUCCCGUGUGGUGCAUGAGACAGGCCGGCAGAUAUCUGCCAGAGUUUCGGGAGACCCGCGCUGGACAGGAUUUCUUUGCUUCGUGCCGCAGCCCUGAAAUAUGCUGUGAGCUCACCUUACAGCCGCUGCGUAGGUUCCCUUUGGAUGCUGCUAUCAUCUUCUCUGAUAUUCUUGUUAUACCGCAGGCAUUGGGGAUGGAUAUCCAUAUGGAACCAGGAAGAGGACCUGUAUUCCCCAACCCUCUUCAGAACCCAGAGGAUCUUAAAAAACUGAAGCCUACAGUGGACGUUUCGCAGGAUCUUGGCUAUGUGUUUCGCGCCAUCACGCUAACGCGUCAUAAAAUAGCCGGGCAAGUGCCCCUAAUUGGAUUCACUGGUGCUCCAUGGACUUUGAUGACCUAUAUGAUAGAAGGUGGAGGCUCUAACACAAUGUCCAAAGCAAAGCGCUGGCUGUAUCAGAACCCAUCUGCCAGUCACCAGCUUCUGAAGCAGCUCACGGAUGUCAUUGUGGACUAUCUGGUGGGACAGGUGGCAGCAGGAGCCCAGGCUCUGCAGGUGUUUGAGUCUCAUGCCGGAUGUCUUGGGCCCCAGCAAUUUGCAGAAUUUUCUCUGCCCCAUCUCCGGGAAAUCUCUUGCAGAGUCAAACAGAAGCUAAAGGAUGAAGGAUUGGAACAAGUGCCGAUGAUCGUUUUUGCCAAGGAUGCUCAUUACGCACUGGAGGAUCUCUCACAGUCAGGUUAUGAGGUUGUUGGCCUGGACUGGACGAUUCGACCGCAAGAAGCUAGAGAGAGAACGGGGAGGAGGGUGACCCUGCAGGGCAAUAUGGAUCCCUGUGCUCUGUAUGCCAGUAAGGAGAACAUCGAGGAGGUGGUGAAGAAUAUGCUGCAAGCCUUUGGAACGCGGGCCUACAUUGCUAACCUGGGCCACGGCUUAUAUCCCGACAUGGACCCAGAGCACGUAGGAGCCUUUAUCGCUGCAGUGCACAAACACUCAGAGGACCACGGCCGACGUGGAACCACUAACUCCUGAGCAUCAGCCCUGGACUUAUAGGAACCAAAUUGUCUCCGUUUUUAGGAAUCUGCUUUGUAUGUGUAUAUUUCUGAGGAUCAAUAGGAAAUGUUACAUUAGACCCUGUGAAUUAUUAUGUAUUAAAGACCAAUUUGAGA